CACACACAGAGGAGAGAGAAGACUGCAGACAGGAAGGAUUGCGGAGACAGUCGCAGCUGGAGUUUGUCGGGUUUUUUCUGGGAGAUGCUGUCCCCACCGAGGAGAUGGAUCAGAGACCAGUGUCCGAGCGCUGUAACCUCGUGUGUGAGGAGAGGGGUGUGCAGCAGGCGUCACUCUCUGUGGAUACUGCUAAUCCUGCUCGUGGUCUGUAUUGCCAUUCAGACGUUUGUCGCCCACCAGGCCAGGAAUGACAAGCUGACAGGACUCCCACAUCUGAGAUUGACUGUCAACGAACAGCACCUGUUUUCUACUGCCCAAAAUGUCUGGGAAAUCGCCCAUUCUGAGUCUUCACAGGCAGUAAAGACAGACCUGAGUUCACUACAGACAGACAGAACUGCAGAUCAUCGUCAUCAUCAAAAUGAAGGAUAUCAAAAGCAAUCGGCUUAUAUCCAAUCAAGACACGUGGAUAACCUUGCUACAGGCUCUCAGAUGGAGGCAAGAAAAGUUUCACCUGUGACGCUGCUUCUACCUAAACAUGUAACAAGCCUUGGACUUCCAGGUUCUUUGGCCCUAGACAGUACUAGAAAAGGUUUAACUGCAGACACUCCCACUCCAUCAAGUUUAUUAAAGGCUCACAUCAACAGUGUUCAUACGAAAUCAACCUGCCACCCAAAGUCUAACAUUUUUUUUCUCAAGACACACAAAACAGCAAGCAGUACCAUCUUAAAUAUCCUCUAUCGCUAUGGUGAAAGCAGGAACUUGACCUUUGCCCUACCUCUGAACAAACACAGCCAGUUGUUUUACCCAUUCUUCUUUGCUUCACAUUUUGUGGAAGGUGUCAGCAGCCGAAGUGUAAGGGAGUUCCACAUCAUGUGCAACCACAUGAGGUUUACAAAAUCUGAGGUGGCAAAAGUGAUGCCUGAGGAUACCUUCUACUUUUCCAUCUUGAGGCAUCCUGUGGCCAUGAUGGAGUCCAUCUUUAUCUACUACAAGAGCAUCCCAGCCUUCCACAAGACUCGCAGCCUGGACAGCUUUUUAGACAGCAGCUGGAGAAACUACAACUCAUCAGUGAAAAACAACCACUACGCUCAUAAUAUCCUGGCUUUCGACUUUGGCUUUGACAACAAUGCUGCAGCUGAUACUGAAGACCUGGAGGAGAGAGCCAGCAUGGCUAUUGCAGCCAUUGAGCGGGACUUCCACCUUAUUCUUAUUUCUGAAUACUUUGAUGAGUCCAUGAUCUUGCUCAAGCAUGCCCUCUGCUGGUCCCUGGAAGAUGUGGUUUCCUUUAAGCUCAACAGUCGCAGUGAACAAACUCGUCACCCACUUUUACCAAACACUGCAGAGAAAAUCAAGAGGUGGAAUGCUUUGGACUGGAGGAUCUACCUGCACUUUAACACCACCUUCUGGCACAAGGUGGAUAGUCUCGUUGGGCAAGAGCAGAUGAAGAGGGAAGUUUCUCAGUUGAGAGAGCUACAGGCCAAGCUAGCAAACAGCUGCCUGAAAGAUGGCGGGGCAGUCGAUCCGUCCCAGAUUAAAGACGCCGGGCUAAAGCCGUUCCAGUAUGGAGCAGCUGUAAUUCAGGGCUAUAACCUAAACCCACACAUAGACAGACAAACCAAAAUAAAAUGUCAAAGACUUAUAACUCCAGAAUUGCAGUACACAGACCGUCUAUACACCCAGCAGUUCCCAGAGCUAGCUGCUAAGCAUAGACAAGAAACAAGGAUGGUUGCUCCACAACGUCAACGCACAGACAGAACUGGUAUGAUGGGAAUGGCCUGGGCAAGGGAAGCCCAUCACAGACAAAUUAUAAGAAGCAAAUUCUCAAAUCUAAAGAACCAAAAGGCCUCCACAAGUGCCCUCUUAACACACACAGAAGCUAACAACAAAACAAGUAUGCUAUGACUGGUAACUGUGACUAACAGUCACGGGACAAUGUUUUGUUUGUACUGUGAGGUAUGGAAGCAGCUCUUCCGUCUAAUACUCACUUUCUAUAAUUACACUGCCAUUGCAGUGUCCAUUAUAACCUACAUAAUGAAAGUGUUGAUAUAUAUAAAAAAAAAAAAAUAUGGUUUGGCUGUUCUAAUAGCCUUGCUAAAAGAUGAAGA